GUUGGAGGAGAAAAAAAUGUUAUAUUUUCCCCCAAAAUUAAUGAAAUCCAAUAUCAUGCUAUUUAUACCACAAAUACAAUGACAUAUGAGAGGCAGGGAGUGGAGCAUAAAAUGUUUAUGAUGAGUUCCACGGCUUCAUCUUCAUCUCUGUGUUGUCCACUUUCAUCACUCAGAAUCCCUCCUCCUCAUUCAGUUAAUGCUUCUCUUACACCUUUUGCUAUUCACAAGCUCCGAGGAGGAGCAAGAAGAAGAAGAAGCAGAAAAUGGAGAGCAAUUAACAAGAGUGGUGAGGACCACUCAGUUACCGUUGCAUCACCAGCUACCACAAGCAUCGAAGAUGAUAACGUUGUAGACUCGGCUACAGAUGUGGUUAGGAAUUUCUAUGGAAGAAUCAAUGCUCAUGACGUGGAUUCUGUACAGUACCUUAUUGCCGAUAAUUGUGUGUACGAAGACCUUGUCUUUCCCCGGCCCUUUGUGGGUCGCAAGGAAAUUUUGGAGUUCUUCAAAAAGUUCACUAAUUCAACCAGCACAGAUCUGCAGUUUGUUAUUGAUGAUUUGUCCUCCGAGGACUCGUCGUCGGUUGGGGUGAUAUGGCAUUUAGAAUGGAAGGGAAAGCCUUUUCCCUUUAGCAAAGGGUGCAGUUUUUAUCGUUUGGAGGUGAUCAAUGGCAAGAGACAAAUAACAUAUGGGCGAGACAGUGUUGAACCUGCAGUCAAGCCUGGGGAUGCAGCUUUGGCUGCGAUCAGGAGUGUGACAUGGCUUCUGCAGCAAUUUCCUCAGUUGGCGGACCGGUUAUAGUGACAAAAAGUCUUCGUUAUUUUGGGAGGGCAAUGUCCCUUCUUUUCCCUUACACAAGUAGUAUGUUAAUUUGUUGUAGUUGGACUGUGUAACAUAAGCUUCCCCAAUGCAGAAAAGGUGAAAUGAAAGUGCUGUAUAUAAAAACAGAAUAUCUAUAUUUUUAACAGUCUUUAAAUAGGUUCUGAUGUUUUAAUCAAAUUUCAAUUA